AGUGUACUUUUGGACAGCCAGUGCUUGCGGCUUCAAUAUUUACUUCUCUGUGCCUCUUCUCAGGGAGAAGGGAUACAUUCCUCUCUAAGAUAAGAGUUAUCUGACAAAUGGAUAUCUGGAAGAAGAAGAGAUAUGUUUCAUUCCUGGGAUGCCCUCCCUGCAUAUGAUAGAUGUGCCUAGUUUCUACCAUGAUGAUAACAACUACUUGUCUGAAUUUUUAGAAACCCAAUGCCAGGCUGCUCUCUUAGCUGAUUUCAUGGUAAUUAAUACAUUUGAUGAGCUAGAGGGGCCAAUAAUAGAGACACUACAAGCCAGGCUUCCUGUGUACAGCAUAGGUCCUCUGUUACUUUGUGCAGCAGAAGAAAUGAAUGGAUUAUCCAAUAUGAUUUCUGCCACUAUAUUUACUGAAGAAACAAGCUGUGUGAAAUGGCUGGAUGAUCAGGAUGCCCAUUCUGUUCUUUAUGUAAGCUUUGGAAGCAUAACAGUGAUCUCUGAAAGAGAGCUCGUGGAGUUUGCAUGGGGUUUAGAGGCAAGCAAGCAGCCCUUUCUGUGGGCUAUUCGUCCAGACCUCAUUCAUGGAGCUUCUACUGUGCUACCUGUGGAGUUUGUAGACAAAGUGAAGGGAAGAGGUUUUUUUGUGAGUUGGGCGCCUCAAAUAAAAGUGCUCUCCCAUCCUUCUGUGAGUGGUUUUUUAACUCACAGUGGAUGGAACUCCACGAUAGAAAGCAUUUGUGCAGGUGUGCCCAUGAUUUCAUGGCCCUUCUAUGCAGAGCAACAUAUUAAUAGGACUUAUGUGAGUCAGGUUUGGAAAAUUGGGAUUUCAAUGAAUGCUGAUGUGGGAAGAGGAGAGGUGGAAGAAAGGGUGAGAAGAUUGAUGAAAGGGAAGGAAGGGGAAGAAAUGAGGAGGAGGGCUGGUGAGUUGAGAGAUGCUUCCAUUAAGGCAUUCAAGAAAGGAGGAUCUUCUUACAGUAAUUUGGAGAAGAUUUUAGCGGAGAUAGAAGGUACACUCUUCCCUCUCCCAGCGUAGACUGGUAAGUCACAAGUUCAACAAAAUCUUGAAGGAUCGGAAGAGAGCAUUUUGAUUUUAUUUAUGUCUUGUGUACUAUAAUAAACCUCCAAAAAGUACUUCCUAUGUUUCUUUGCAGUAGACCAUCUCAUUAUGGGGUUGUAUGGUCUCUCUCGUCAUCUUUUAUACGUAAA